CGCAGGGACUGACGGUCGGACCACAGCGCCGGAGACCCAGGUUUAGCCCUGCGCUCCUACGUCUCCACACCUGGGCUCUGGGAAUCGGUGCACGUGUAAAAGCCUACGCUCCAGCCCCCUUUCUCCAAGAUGGAGUUGUAAAGCCUCAUAGUAUGAGAGGAAGAAGCCCAGGAGAGAAGGAGGACAACAGAGGAGUCGGGAAUGGCUCCACCUCAGGGUCCUUUGACCUUCAAAGAUGUGGCUGUAGAAUUCUCUCAGGAGGAGUGGAAACGCCUGGACCCUGCUCAGAGGGCUUUAUACAGGGAUGUGAUGUUGGAGAACUACAGGAACCUGGUCUCUGUGGGAAUCUCUCUUCCUGACCUGAAUAUUAUUUCUAUCUUGGAGCAAGGGAAAGAGUCCUGGAUUGAAGAGAGUCAAGUGAAAAUAAUAAAAAUACCAAAUGGAUGGGAAUGUAUCAAAUGUGUGAACACAGACAAGUCUCCUAAGUCUGUGAUCAGCGAAUUACCACUUAGAGAGAACAGUAACACAGGACAGAUAUUCCAAACAGUAAUGUUGGAAAGACCUAAAAGCCAUGACAUGGAAGAUUUUUACUCCAGGGAAAUCCAGAAAAAUAUAGAGGACUCAGUGUUUCACUGGAGAAAUGAUGGAAGUAAUUACAAAAGAGGACCUAGAACCCAUACAAAAAAUCUCAGCAGUAGUACAUGUCCACAAGAUGAAAGAAGGGCAGUGAAGAAACCUGUUCAAAAUAGGCAUGCACCCUCACAUCUGACUGACCUGCAGAAAUUACAAACUGCAGAGGAAGAUGAAUGUAAUCAAGCUGAGAAAACAGUCAACCAUUGCUCCUCAGUUUCACCACCUCAGAGAAUUCUUCCUUGUAUCCAAACAAAUAUUUCUAGUAAACAUGGGAAGGAAUUAAUUAAUUCUUCAUCAUUUAUGGAAGACCAGAAAUCACACAUCAGGGAAAAACCUUACAAAUGUAAUGAAUGUGGUAAAGUUUUUCAUUGGCGGUCAGUCCUCAUGAUACAUCAGAUAACCCAUACUGGAGAGAAGCCCUAUCAGUGUGAUUUAUGUGGUAAGGUCUUCAGUCAAAAUUCUCAUCUUUCAAGUCAUCGGAGAAUUCAUACUGGAGAGAAACCUUAUAAAUGUAGUGAGUGUGGCAAGGCUUUUAUUCAGAGUUCACAUCUUGCAAAUCAUAGGAGAAUUCAUACUAGAGAGAAACCUUACAAAUGUAAAGAGUGUGGCAAAGCCUUUAAUCGGAGCUCAUUUCUCACUAUUCAUCUGAAAAUUCAUACAGGAGAAAAACCAUAUAAAUGUGACAUAUGUGGCAAGGCCUUUAGACAGAAUUCAUGCCUUGCAAAUCACCGGAAAAUUCAUACUGGAGAAAAACCUUACAAAUGCAAUGAGUGUGGCAAAUUCUUUGGUCAAAGUUCACAUCUUACAAAUCAUCAGAGAAUUCAUACUGGAGAGAAACCUUACAAAUGUAAUGAGUGUGGCAAAGCCUUUAAUUUGGAUUCAUUACUCACGCGACAUCAGAUAAUGCAUAGCAGAGAGAAACCGUAUAAGUGUGUCUUAUGUGGCAAGGCCUUCAGUCAAAAUUCACGGCUUGUAACUCACCAGAGGAUUCAUACUGGAGAGAAGCCUUAUAAAUGUAAUGAAUGUGGCAAAGCCUUUAUUCGAAGUUCCUGCCUUGCAAGGCAUCGCAAAAGUCAUAGUGGAGAAAAACCUUACAAAUGUAAUGAGUGUGGAAAAGCUUUUAAUUGGUGUUCACUCCUCACUAUACAUCAAAAAAUCCAUACCGGAGAGAAACCAUACAGGUGUGAUGUAUGUGGUAAGGUCUUCAGUUAUAGUGCAAGCCUGUCAAUUCAUCGGAGAAUUCAUACUGGAGAGAAACCUUACAAAUGUAAUGAAUGUGGCAAGGUCUUUAGUCAGUACUCAUGCCUAGCACGUCAUCGGAAAAUUCAUACUGGAGAGAAACCAUACAAAUGUAAUGGGUGCAGCAAAGCCUUUAGAGAACGUUCAACCCUUACUAAACAUCAAGUAAUCCAUACUGGAGAGAAGCCUUACAUGUGUAAUGAAUUUGGAAAGGUUCUUUCCCAAAGUUCAAAACUCUUAAAACAUCACAGAAAUCCUUCCAGGGAGAAACCAUAUAAAUGUAAUGAAUGUGGUAAGACUUUUAUUCAGAAAGCAGGCCUGGUGUACCAUCAGAGAAGUCAUACUGGAGAGAGGCCAUACAAAUGUAUUGAAUGUGCCAAAGCCUUCAGUUCCAGUUCAGACCUUAGAAUUCAUCGGAGAAGUCAUACUGGAGAGAAACCUUAUAAAUGUAGUGAGUGUAGUAAGGUUUUUAGUCAUCGCUCAUCUUUAGCACGUCAUUGGACAAUUCAUACUGGAGAGAAACCUUACAAAUGUGAUGAGUGUGGCAAAUCCUUUAGAGUGCGUUCAAUCCUACUUAAUCAUCAGAUACUCCACACUCUAGGGAAACCUUACAAAUAUAAUGAAUUUCGAGAGGUUUUUUUGCAGAGUUCAGAACCUGUAGAACAUCACACAAUUUCUUCUGGUGAGAAACCACACAAAUGUAAUGAAUGUGGUAAAAGUUUUAUCCAAAGGUCAAGCCUGGUGUACCAUCAGAGAAGUCAUACUGGAGAGAAGCCAAGUAAAUGUCUUGAAUGUGGCAAAUGCUUUAGGCAGAAGUCUUACCUCACACGACACCAAAGAAUUCAUUCUGGAGAGAAACCGUACAAGUGCAUUGAAUGUGGUAAGGCCUAUGGGCACUGGUCUUCUCUCAGGAAACACCAAAAUAUUCACUCUGGAGAGAAGCCUUACAAAUGUAAUGAAUGUGGCAAGGCCUGUAGAGGUCUUAACUCAAGAAUCACCAAAACAUUCAUUCUAGAGAGAAACCUCAGUCCUUGGUAUACAUCGAAUAAAACAUUUUGGUCAAAACUUUGCAAAUACACUGAAUGUAACAAGCCUUUUAGACAUUGUCCUAACCUCUGGAUUCACCAAGUAAUUUACCCAUACAUAUGAAGUAAAUAUUGCAAAGUUUUUGGGACCAGCAGAUGGCAUAAUAUGUCGCUGGACUCCCACAUUGUCAACCU